CUCCGUCAGGCUCUGCAGAGGAGAGAGACGAAUCAGCACUCUCUGGUCCCUCCUCAUCCCUCCCACUCUCCCUCCAUCCCUCUGUAUUGCUCCCAACUCCUCUCAAAAGUGUGAAGCUCUGCAUUGCUGAACACUGAGGCAACUCCCAGCAGCUAUUUACGGAGGAACUGCUGUAUCAUCCUCGGCGAGAGAUGGAUGGGUGCACCCCCAUCAUGCUUAGGUCUCUGUUUAUGUGUGGAGUGCUGGGAGUGCUGCUGAUCCCGGUGCAGUCGCAGCAGAUCUCCGUGUGUUUGGAGGAUGACGAGGACCUGAGGGUGGACUGUAAGAUCAAGCCCGACGCCAGCAAGAUCAACACCUACGAGUUCUCCUGGUCGUCGGGAUCCAAGGAGGUCCUCAUCAACACCAACGUGACGAGGCUGGCGCCCGACACCCAGCUGAGGGAGCACAGCGAGGUGGUGGAGCUGGAGCCCCACGGCUACAGGAUGACCCUCUCCGGCUACAAGAGCAAACUCCCGUCCAACACCACCUACAUGUGCAAAGUAUCCGGGCAGAUUGAAAGUAUCACCGUGGAGAGAGAUAAUCUGGUGACGUGCUCGGCUGUGAGCUGGGCUUUGAAGAGCUCCUGGUCCGGCGUUGUUUUCCUGCUCUUCUUCCUCUAUCACACACAGAGCUAAAACAAUAAACCAUAAAGCAAAAGAAAACAUGCAAUCCUGCACUGAUGCCCACACGUCUGGGCAGACGUCUGCUUCCAGCUACAUCCGUAAACAACUAUAAGAUUUCCUGCAACUUUGCAUCUCUCCUCCUAAAAACCGCCGAGGCAGUAUUAGAGCAUAUUCAUUAAUCAAGAUGAGCGACAUGUUUAAAGGCCUUUAGCUUCGGAGCUGCACUCACUGUAUGUAAAUAAGAGAAUGAAUGUGUUAAUGUCACUUUGGAAAGAUACCGCUUGUGUUUUCAAUAAAGGGAUGCUCCAAUUA